AUGGCAAAGCCUGACUUCCAGGUCUUCACCACUCUCCGCUAUGAUACAAACCUUGCACAUAGCCCAGCUAAUGCUCUCCUUACGCCCAGUUUAAUUAAUAGCUCACUGUACCAUUGCUUUUAUAUGCCGAUUCACCAUCGUGAUCGUCUCGUUGAAGCUGCCAACCACUUUGGCUGGACCCAUGCGGCCGAUAAGCUUAAAGGAAAAGAAGGCUUAGCCUUUUUGUUGUCAAAUCUUGGAGAAAAAAUAUCAACUGAAAUAAGUACUAAUGCUUUACCUUCGUUGCCACUACGACUCAAGGUGCUUCUUGAUCACGACGGGAACCUCACGAUAGAAAAAGCCAUAACCUCUUCAGUUUCCUUAGAUAAUCUCUAUCCUCCUUGCCUAUUGGAUCCAAAGGUCGAUAGUGCUAUUGUCAAAUCGGGAAUGAUAAAACAACUAUCCGAGAAAGUAGUUGACCCAUCCUCUCCAGUAUAUACAAUUCAUGUUUCUCAAAUUUAUGUUGUUGCUGGUCCGCAUAACACUUACAAAACUACACAUCGUGAAGACUACGACAACGCUAGGCGAGAGAAAGGUAUCCUAGAUAUGACAGAAUUAAGAGAGGUUAUUCUCGUCGAUUAUCGUGGCCAAGUAAUAGAAGGUAGUCUUACCAGCGUAUAUUUUUUUCGCGACGGGAAUUGGGUCACUCCGGCUCUGGAACUUGGGGGGGUGAAGGGAACAACGAGACGAUGGGCUUUGAGCCAAGGAUUAUGCACCGAAAGCGUCAUUCUAGCUAGUUCCCUUUCGGAAGGUGAACAAUGUUGGAUAAGUAACGGUUUGAGAGGAUUUAAUAGAGGUGUCGUAUGUCUCUAA